CGAGCUUCGCUUCACAUAGGAAUAGGAAGCUCAAGAGAGAAGACGCAUCCGCAAAUUGGGACCUUCCGAUCUGAUUAGGGUUUUAGCACCGGCACUCUGCAAGUUGAGCCAUUUCUGGUCCGAGAUCCGAUGGCGCCACCUCCAGGACCGUAUUCUGGAACGAGCACUCUCGCCCUGGUGGCUCGUGCAUCAGCAUUCACUUUAGGUGUGGUAUAUGGAAGCGUGAAGCUUAAGAUUCUCAAGGUAAUUUCUCCAUCGAAUGCUGUUUACUACUUUCUGAAUUCUCCAUCGAAUUUUAGUAAGUAUUUUGUGCCCUUUUGCUGUUGGUUAUUUUUCUUUUAACCCCUAAAAACUAGCAUAUUAUAUAUCUAAAACGUUAUUGGUAUAUUUCUUAAUCAAUGCAUCCCUGUGUAUUGUACUCUAGAUUUUCAAACAAUUGAUCUAACAUCCUGCUCAAGUGAGCUGAUUGGUUGUGGUACAUAAUAGACAUGACUCUUAAUCUAGU